AUGUCGCUAGCGCAUGUAUUGCCUUAUGUCGGCUUCCUUGGCUUGCUGAGGGUCGUGACGGCUAGUGCCUUCGUCCGGGUGUGCGCGUGCCGCAGCUCGCGCAUCGUGAGACGGGAACAGUUGCAACCUCGGAAUACUAAUUCGGCUAGGCCAAUGUUAUUUGCCUUUAUGUCCUUCCUGGGUCUUCGGGCUGGAGCGGACGGGCAGUGCCCCGUCGCUGUGCGCGUGCCGCAGCUCGCGCAUCGUGGCAGACAGGGAAAACGUUGCAACCUGAAGUAUACUGAAAUGAUCGCUACGCCAUGUAAAUUUCUUAUGUCCUUCCUGGCUUCGCUGAGCGUGACGGCUGUGCCUUGUCCGCGUGUGCGCGUGCCGGUGCAGCUCGCACAUCGUGAGACGGGAACCGUUGCAAUCCUGCGAAGUGCCUUGUACGGCGUGUGCGCGGGGUGCCGCAGCUCGCGCAUCGGUGGGAGGACGCAGAGCGGAGCCAUUCCGGGGGCGUGGAUUCUGGAGCCCGGUCGCGCGCACUGGACCCCGUUGAGGCGUCCGGGGCGUGCCGUAGCGCCGCGCCGCCCGUGGGGCCGCUGCGCUACCGCCCGCCCGAGCCGCCGCCGCCGUGGGCGGGGCACGCGCCUCGCCGACACCUUCGGCGCCGUGUGCCCGCAGCGGCCGCCCGACGUGGCCAACCGCACCGCCGCCCUGCAGCGCAUGCCCCGCGGCCGCUACCUGCAGCUGCGCCGCCUCGUACCGCACCUGCGCCAGCAGAGCGAGGACUGCCUCUUCCUCAACCUCUACGUGCCCGGCAGCGGCAACCGCGGGUUGGAGGCGCCCUACGCUGUGCUGGUGUUCGUGCACGGGGAAUCCUUCGAGUGGAACUCGGGCAACCCCUACGACGGCUCCGUGCUUGCCUCCUUUGGCCACGUCAUCGUCGCCACCUUCAACUUCCGACUCGGCAUCCUCGGCUUCCUGCGCACGCGCGCGGGCGGGCUGAGCGCCGGGGAGCCCGAGCUGGCGCUGGAGGACGCGGCGGCGUGCCUGCGCUGGGUGCGCACCAACAUCGCGGCGUUCGGCGGCGACCCGGGCCGCGUCACGCUGCUCGGCCACGACACGGGCGCCGCGCUCGUCAACCUGCUGCUGUUGUCCGGCGCCGCCGCGGGCCUGUUCCAGCGCGCAGCCCUGCUGAGCGGGUCUGCGCUGUCGCCGUGGGCGCAGCAGCGGCGGCCGGACGCGCUGCGCGCCUCGGUGGCCGCGCAGCUGGGCUGCGCC